UUUUUUUUUCAUUAUCAUACAAUGGCAUCAAAUGAAGAAAACCGAAGAGGCUCAUUAGCCAUUUCUGCUUUAUUAAAUGAUGAACCAUCUGAUAAGAGUCAAUCUACUUCACCUGUUCUGUCCAGUCAACCACCUUCAAAAGCAAAAAGAAAAAGAAUAUCCACUGCUCAAUAUGAACGAUUAAUGCAAGUCUUUGAUCAAACUGAUACCCCAUCUUCUGAAAUUAGAGAAAACUUGGCUGUGGAACUAGACAUGACAAAGAGAGAAGUACAGGUCUGGUUUCAAAAUCGUAGGGCCAAAGUCAAUAGGACAAAGAAUACAGCCAAUAAAAGGAACUCUUCUUAUUCGAUUGCACCCAUGCCACCUUAUCAUCCUUAUCGAAAACCCAAUGCUAUUGAUUUAUUAGCCAAAGCAGCAGAAUAUGUUCGAGCAGAUGAACAUAUCAAUCAGACUAAAUCCCCCUUGUAAAAUAAAUAAUAAAAGUAGUACAAGUCUCUCC